AUAUCAGGAAAUUGUGAACGUCACUCAUUUGCUAUGGACGGCUACACAAUCAUGGACAUGGAUCCGUAUUCGCGGAUGAUGUACGAAGAUGAUGCCCAGCCAAGAACAUUAUAUGUUGGGAACCUGGAUCGACGGGUCACAGAGGAGCUGGUUUUCCACCUCUUUUUACAGAUUGCUCCGUCAAAGACGAAGAGUUGUAAAAUGAUUGCAGAGCAAGGGAAUAGUGAUCCCUACUGUUUUGUAGAAUUCUACGACAGUGUGACGGCAGAAACAGCAAUGGCAGCAAUGAAUGGCAGGACAGUAUUUGACAAAGUGAGUAUUUAUAUUUAAUGUCUUUGAAUUGUUUUUGAUUAAUUUUUAUUGGACGUUCGUUUUAACUGUUGUGUAUGUGGUAUGCGUCAAUGUUAUUUGAUUUCAAUUUAUUUGUACUUAUUUAGGGCUCCAUGUAAGACCACUGUUUAAGGGAGAGUGAUAUGCAUUUUGUAUAACUUAAAGGGGCUUUCACAAUUGCUUGUGCGAUCGUUUGCGAUCAUUAGGUCACAAUAUAUGCUGCUCAGAAUCGCAACGGUUGUAAGCAGUCGCACCAUUAAUUGUGAAAGGGGCUUUACAUGAGAAAAUUCAUUUAAUUUUCCUUUGCAAAAUGAAAUUCAUGUUUUUACUUUGUUCAUUUUCUAUGAGAAAACAGAAUUUCCAUUUUAGAUCAAGUUUGAAACAGAAUCACAGGUUUUCAUAAACAGAAGAGACUAUUUUUUUUAAAUAGAAAAUUACUAUUUACAUCAUUGGUGAAUUGUCUCCUUUGACGAAAGAUAAGAGAAUAAAUAGAUAAAUGGAAACUCGGGUUCACAAUUUGUCAAAGCUAUGUGACAAAAAAAACAUAAAAGUAUAUAAGGUAGCAUGUUCAGACUGCUACUUACGAACCAUUUGAGUGGAAUGCAAAUGUGUAGGGCCAACACAUACACCUAACAUUACACGUAAGUAUACACCUAAAGCACCCGAGUGAAAAUUUGAUUAUCAAAUGUUAAAAGUUCUACCUCCAUGGAUUAUCCAAAAUCAUAACUUGUGUGGUUUUAGUAUCUCACGCUUGGACUGAUACCACAUCAAAAAUGAUACCAAAUGAUCUGAGAUAAAACGCUGUUCAAUUACUAUUUGCUAUUCAUAAAUGCGUUUUAUAUUAUUAUAACUGUUAAUAUUUGUUCAAGUGCAAACUCUCUUUAACUCACUGUCUUUCAGGUUUUGUAAAUUCUCCUUUUCAUUGACAAAUAGAAAGUUUCUGUUAAUAUCAUGAUUUUUUUUUGUUAAAGGACAAGUCCACCCUACCAAAAAGUUAAUUUGAAUAAAAGGAGAAAAAUCAAACAAGCAAAACACUGAAAAUUUCAUCAAAAUCGGAUGUAAAAUAAGAAAGUUGUGACAUUUAAAGUUUUGCUUAAUUUCACAAAAACAGUUAUAUGCACAUCCUGGACGGUAUGCAAAUUGGCAGACUGAUGACGUCACCCACUCACUAUUUCUUUUGUAUUUUAUCAUAUGAAAUAUGAAAAAUUCAAAUUUUCUCCCCAUUGUCAUGUGAAACAAAAUUUUAUUACUCCCUGAACAUGUGGAAUUACCAUUAUUUUAACAGUUUAUGGUUAAGUCAAGUUGGUCCUUAUUGUCAAAUCUGUAAAAAUUGAAAUAUUGUAUAAUUCAAACAAUAAAAAACAAAAGAAAUAGUGAGUGAUGGACAUCAUCGACUCUCUCAUUUGCAUAUCGCUGAGUUGUGCGUUUAA